ACACUAGUUUGAGUGAAAAUUAAACAGCAAUAUGAUACAACAAAUAAUAUUUUAGAGUAAUUUUAAGGAUUCAAUUAAUUUCAAAAUUAAACCCUAAAAUUCCCAAUUCCAUACACAAACCCUAACCCAAAUUAAAUCACAAUCUUUCCCUUCAUCCAAAUGAAACCCUAGCCGCUGCCCAGCCCUUUCUUUUCCUUCAGUAAACCAGACAACACAGCAGCAACUUCAGAAAAGAAAAAGGAAAAAUGAAAGAAGAAAGGGGGAAAGAGAGUGAGGGUCGCGAGAGAAGAGGGAGAUCUGAGGAGGAUGGAGCGCCAGGGGAGGAGAAGUUCGCCGCCGUCAACCUCGCUGUCGUCGUCGUCCAGGGAGCUGCCACCUCUGUUCGUCGUUGCCGUUCGCCCUCACCAAGUCGCCGUCAUCCUUGAGUUCACGAAGAGAGAAAGAGACUGAUGGAAGAGGGUGACGCGCAUGGGAGAGGAAGAAAUUGCCUCUGCACCGCCGUCGUUCACGAGCUCAGCCGCCUCGCCAUUGUCGCCGCCGAGGGUCUUGCCGGUGGUGAGGAGAAGAUGCCAUCGCGUUGGUUGCUGUCGUCGAGCAACAGAACCGCGAAGAGAGAGAGUGCGCGAAGAGAGAGAAGGAGCCGGUUCUGCCACCACCGCCGCGUCCAGCCGCCAUCGCCUGCUCCGUCGUCGCUCCUGGAGGUGGGUGGCCAAGCCUCUGCUGCCGGAGAAUGCCACUGCCGCCGUGGAGAUCCACUGCCGUCGCCGUCGCCGGAGUCUAGUCGCCGCUGCUGCUUGAGGUGGCUACCGCCAAACUGGAUCAGAGACCGCCGCUGCUUUGUUUUUGUAUUACUUUAAGUACCUACGUUUCAACAACCCCAUGUUAGUGUUCUGUUUCGUGUAAUAAAGUCUUGUGAUAUUGAUGUAUUAGGAGUUGGUAACUGAGGUUGCAUGUUGUGUUUUAAAGCUGUUUAUGCCAUUGCAAACGUGUGUGGAACUGUAAAUUGGAGUUGCCGUUGGUUUCGGGUCAAGACGAAAGGAAUUCUGUGAAGAAUUUGGGUUGGUUUCGACUUAUCGAGGUAGGGGCUUUUUCAGAAAAGUAAACUUUAUCAUUCGGAGUUGCUAUAUGCGGAUAUUGAUGUGAGUGAUGUACUUCUAGUGAUUGUAUAAGUCUUAUGUAUUUUUUGGUUAUCUUGGAUGGAUAUAAAUGCUUGUUUGGCUGGAUUAUUGCUUGGUUUUGUGAAACGGAUGGUUCUUGAAGCAUUUCUUUAAA